AUGAAUUCAGUAGUAAUUCUCUGUUUGUUCGUAUUUGGCGUUGUUGUCGCAGGUCAUGGACAUGAUAAUGCUCACUACAAAUUUGAGUACGGAGUUCAUGAUCCUCACACUCACGACCACAAAUCCCAACACGAACAUAGACACGGUCAUGAUGUUACUGGAGGGUACACACUCAAAGAAGCCGAUGGAACUCACAGAGUUGUCAAAUAUAAAUCUUCUCCUCACAAUGGAUUCGAAGCUGUAGUUGAGAGAAUAGGACAUGCCCAACAUCCUGCUCACUACGGACAUGGACACGGCCAUGGACAUGGUUAUGGUGGACACGGUGGAGCUACCAGCUACGUUGGUGUCACACACUGGGCCAACCAAGGAAGUGAAGGUGGUCAUGGUCAUGGAUAUUAA